UGGGAAGUGUAAAGGAUGGUCGAGUGUAAUAAUGGGGGGAGCAGAGCACACUGACUGUCGCUUCCAAAACAAGGAAAUCCUCAUGCGAGGCUAAUGGCGAUUCCUUCGGCAACCUAGCUUUACUUCUGCUAACGAACCAGCUUGUUAAUUCUUCUCAUCCUUGACCUGUGGAGCCAGCAUAGCCAUGUCAUCCCGAGUGUUGCUACGGCAACAACUGAUGCGGGAGCAAGCGCAGGAGCAGGAGAGGAGGGAGGCGCAGCAGCAGACAUCUAUCGCUCAGUUCCGACCUACAGACUCCACUCCAGCCAUCUCAGUGACGUUCCCACCCAUGGCUGCCCGCCCUCCUCCAGCUCAAGUACCAGUGGAAGUUCUGAAGGUGCAAACUCAUCUUGAAAACCCAACUAAAUACCACAUCCAGCAAGCUCAGAGGCAGCAAGUAAAGCAGUACUUGUCCACCACGCUAGGCAAUAAAGUUGCCACACAAACUCUUGGCGUGUCCCCUGUUCCGCAGUCAAACUCUGCCCCAGAGAGGGUGCACCCUGCAAGUAGCGCCCCCAACAGCCCAAUGGCACAUCUGUACCUGGGCUCCAACAAAGAAGAGAUGGAUGACGUCAUUGAUGACAUCAUUAGCCUUGAGUCCAGCUUUAAUGAUGACAUCAUGUCACUGAUAGAUUCUGGGCUACAACUCCCAAACACGCUACCAGGAAACCUUUUGGAUGUCUACAACAGUCCUGGCAUGGCGAUCGCUGUCAGCAAUUCCUGUCCAGCCGAUCUAACUAAUAUCAAAAGGGAAAUAACUGAUGUAGAGGCCAGAACUCUCAUAAAGGAGAAGCAGAAGAAACACAAUCAUAAUCUUAUUGAAAGGAGGAGGCGAUUUAACAUUAAUGACAGAAUAAAGGAAUUAGGGGCUCUGAUACCCAAAUCCAAUGAUCCAGAAAUGCGUUUGAACAAGGGAACCAUAUUAAAGGCAUCUGUCGAUUAUAUAAGAAAACUUCAGAUAGAGCAACAGAGGGCCAAAGACGUUGAGAUGAAGCAGAAGAAGCUGGAGCAAGCCAACCAGACAUUGCUGCUUCGCAUACAGGAAUUAGAGAUGCAAGCCCGGCUCCAAGGCCUCUCCGCUACCAUGUCCUCUGGCAUGGGUUCAGACACUUCCUUCCUUCAGCAACAGCUGCACCAGGCAAACCAGUCCUUGCAGCUGAUUGCUGGUGAACCUCAGACCCACCUCACCAUGGAAGGGGCCAUGGCACAAUCUUCACACUCUCCUUUCCUCACAGUAGCACCUUCCGGUUCUCCAGCUGGUGCAGCUGUAAGCGGCCCUCUUGAUUUAGGUGCUUUUAGCUUUGCGGAGCUGGAUGACCCCACGACCUCAGAUCUUUACUCUGAUGUGGGUCUCGGUGACAUUCUGAUGGAUGAGGGCUGCACAUUUUCCACUGUCAGGUCUUCAGAUCCACUUUUCUCUCCAGUGUCUCCCGGAGUCUCCAAAACCAGCAGUCGCACAAGCAGUUUGAAUAUGGAAGAAGACUUGUGAUCUAAUUGACGUGUGUGUGUGUGUGUGUGUGUGUGUGGGAGGGGGUUGUGGGUGGGGUGGGGGGUACCAGCAGUGUUCAUCUCAUCAACUAUAUUAUUGACAAAAAUAUCCGUUGAUGAAAUUAUUUUGAUUUUGAAGACGGGCCGAAAAAGAUGCAUCAUCAUGAUAAUUAACCGAUUUUGUAUGAUGAGUAAAAAACAACACUGCAAGAUAUUACCAAUGCACUUUUUUAGAAUUUUUAGAAGAGCAAAAAUCCUGUUGAUUAUUUUUUAUUCAAAUUAAUUAGUCAAUCUUUGUAUUUUAGGGAUUUCCCGCUUGAGCUGCGCGAGCAGAAAGAUCUGAAGCGCUUCUUUACUAGCGAGUUAAUAAUUUCACACAAACAAUUCCUGUAUAUUGUAGACUAUAUAUGAGAUAAAUCCACUAUAUCCACAGCAUAGAUGCCUUGAUGAUGCCCUGAUGAUGAAGUGAACACAGGUGAACCUAAACUAUAUUACAUUCUAUUUAAAAUGCAUACUGUAUAACGAUUUGUGUGUUAUUGCAGUAACAACGCUCUAUACGCAGUGCAGAGUUCUAAACAUUCUCUUAAACACAAAGUUAAUAACAGAAAAUGUUUGUCUCUAAAAGAAUGAAGAAAUCAGCACACUAAGUAGAUAAUACUUCUACUCUCAAAAAAAAUAUUUUAGCCUAUCUUUAAAGGUGCACUCAGUCAUUUUUUCCUCAUUGAAAAAGAUUUACUUAUAAAGAAAUUAAUUGUAAUUUUGAAACGUAUGUAUAAAAUCAAGACCACUCACAUGAGAUGAGGACUCUGGUCAUAUCAGUAACCUUAUAAAAUCUGUUUUAUUCUACAUGUGGCAGGGACGCUCUCAUGGGGGCUGCCAUUUUAGAAUCACAUGACCAUCUGAAUACUACUCGCUUAAUCUCAGUAACCGGCUUGUUAUUGGACACUUUCACUCUUGGAUCAAAUGAAUCAUGACUGAUUGUGAAUAGAGAAUUUCUGCAAUGGCAUCUGUAACUGAAAACUAUUGAUUUUGCUUGAUGCUGCAUCCACACCACUAGGUGUCACUAAGUCCAAUAUGACACAAAUAAAGAGUUACUGAGUGCACCUUUUGAGAUUUUUUUUUUAUUAUUACUAAAAUGAAAGAAUAUGACAUGUUAAAUUUAAAGGGCGUUUUUAAAAGACAAAAUUUAUGACAAUUAAAAAAAUCUGUGUUAUUGUAUAUUUUUAGUUUCACGUGGUUUUUAAGAACUCAAAACACGAAAUUUAACUAGAUCAAACUGAUUGAUUGUAUUUAUGAAUAUCAUGUGUUAAUGGAUUGCUACUACUGACUGUCAAAUCAAAGCCAGCUUGUGAUGGCUUAAAGACAAUGAAUUGAAAUGAAUUAGUUUGCAAGGUAAACAAAGGCCACAAUGCACUAUGUUGUUUGUGGUCCGUUACGUCAUCGUUCCGCGCUCACGUUAGUUGAAAUGCAGAUUGGUUCUGUAAGAGGUUUGUAGAUCUCCCGGCUAAAGACCACCUCUGGCACCAGACUUGUUUUGGUGAAAAGGUGGUAUAAGAUUGUCUUGGGCAUAAUUAAUUAAACACAUGUUGCUAUUGCAUUUCUGCAUUCUCUGUUUGUGAUGCAGGUAGUUUCCCAGGAAGUCAGUGAUUGCAACAAUCCCACAAUGUUAUUCCAAAUUUUAAUGAAUCCAAAUCUUUUAGCCUUUUUGUAGCUAAAAUGUAGGAUGUUUGAGCCUCUAUGCAUAGCUGUGUUGCUGAAAGGGUAAGUCAUGUUAUUUUUAUGUUAGAGCAAGGACAUGCAAAUAUAUAUGAUUUUGGAGUGUGGAGUGAGUAGUCACUUUAUAGUCACUUAUUGUACCAAAGGGAUGUUUGUAUAAUUGUGUUGAUAGCAUGGAGUGGAGUAAUAAUUCACAUUGCUCAAGAUGCUAUGAUGAAACGUUUCAAGCAAUAUUAACUGCAUAUAUCAAAAAGCUAUUUUUUUUAACACUGUUGGCUUCAUAGUUUUUACUACUAACUGAUUUAAAAUUCAUACUUUUCUCAAUUUACAAGAUUUAUGCUUUUAUUCAUAUUAUGAAUUUGAUCUUUUUCAAUGUUACAUUGCGAAACAAAUGUGUGAUGGUGCAUUUCCUCAUAAAUAGUUUGUUUUUAUGAGGAGACAAGCCACAUAAAUGUCAUGUACAAAUAGCUUUUCAGGUGUACUGUUUUGUUUUUUAAAGCUACCUCUGCCUAAAGUACAAUAUAACCAGUAGAUCCAAAUCAACGAUUUGUUAGAUGCAGCUAAAUGCACGUAACUGUAAAUGUAAAUAUUCUGUAAAUGUAUUCCUGCACAUCUCUGUAUGUAGGCAUAAUGUUGAGCAUACUGCCAGUCAAAGCCAAAAUCGUUUUCCCUCUGAAUAAUAGUGAAAUGAGAACGUUUAUAAUUGUGCCUUUAGCAUUAAGGAACAAAAGUAGUUUGGUUUGUACAUAUAAAAUAAAACAAAUACUGCAAAUACACUGAUCAGCCACAACAUUAAACAUACAACCUGCCGAAUAUUGUGUAGGUCCCCCUCCUGCUGCCAUAACAACACCAAAACACAUUUCAGUAUAGAAAUCUGAGAUGAUAUUCUUCUCACCACAAUUGUACAGAGCGGUUAUCUGAGUUACAGUAGAAUUUUUCUGACACCAACAAUCAUGCCAUGCUCCAAAUCAUUGAGAUAAAAAAAAAAUUCUCCAUUCUGAGGGUUGAUGUGAUCAUUAACUGAAGCUCCUGACCGGUAUCUGCAUGAUUUUAUGCACUACUCUGUUGGCACACGAUUGGCUGAUUAGAUAAUCGCAUGGAUUGUUGGUGCCAGCCAGACGGGUUACUAAGUGUAUUUCUGUAACUGUUGAUCUUCUGGAUUUUCACACACAACAUUAUAAACAUUUACUCCGAAUGGUGCCAAAAAAACGAAAAACAUCCAGUGAGCGGCAGUUCUGUGGAUAGAAACACCUUGUAGAUGAGAGAGGUCAAUAGAGAAUGGCCAGACUGGUUUGAACUGACAGAGUCUAUGAUAACGCUCUGUACAAUUGUGGUGAGAAGAAUAUCAUCUCUGAAUGCUGUUCUGAAAUGCGUGUUGGUGCUGUUUUGGCAGCAAGAGGGACCUACACAAUAUUAGACAGGUGGGUUUAAUGUAUUGUCCUCUGUUGUUUUCUGUGAAUUAUACAGCAACUGAAUGUGUUAUAUCUAAAACUAAAGGAUUAAAGUAUACACUCAUAAAAUAUAUUUCAAAACAAAUAUUUUGUUAUAUACAUUGCAACUGCCAUAUUUUCUAAAUGUGUAAGUAGGAACAGCAAAUUGCUAAUGUUUUAAGUGUUUCAAAGUAAUGUAAAAUAACAGCAAUAGUCAUUUAUUUUGGUCACAGUUGCUGACUAUACAUAUGUCCUAUGAUACAAGGAAUGAGAUGUAUCUAGGGAUAUAUUGAUUAAAACUAAAUUGUCAGCCCCUCUUCUGCUACUAGUGCUUUAUUACCAUCUUUAUUACGUCUAUACUGAAUUAAAGGGAAUGUUUUAUUCUCGAUUUGUAUUUUUAAUUAGAUUUUCCCUUCUGUGUGUUGAUGGCCUUUAAUUGGCUAAAAUAAACUGAUAAGA